CAUUCUCCAAAACACCGAAGACGACAGAAGUGGAAAAAGAUGGCACGUGGAGAUAUGUUGCGUUGUUCGCGAGCUCUGCUUCGCUUCCUUAACUUCGCGUUAUCUUUGGUGGCACUGGCAACCGUGUCGCGAGCGUUUGUGGGGUCCUCCUACUAUGGCUACUCGAGUAUGCUGGGCAGCCGAGCGGCGACGUACACGACGCUAAUGACCUACACUGGAAUGCUAGUGGGACUCUUCCUGCUGUUCGUGGAGCUGUUGCGCUUCUUCCCGCGUCCUACUCCGCGUAUCAUCGAACAAGUCCUGGACCUGCUCCUAGCAGCUUUACUGCUUGUGGCUGGGAUUGUUCUGGUGGCGUCGGACUAUGUGAAUCAUUGCUCCGUGUACGGCUACAUGCUGCGUUGCAACCAGUUGAAGACCGCGGUGGUUUUCACCUUCUUGGUUUCGUUUUCGUACUUUGUCACGUUUUUGCUGGACUGCUGCGAAGGAUUCAUGGGAUCACGUGGCACCGGAGACCACAGCGACUCGGAUGAAGGUCGUGGUGGAUAUCACGCUGAGGCCACGCCCACUGGAGCUUCGACACCUAAAGACGCAUCCAACCAGGUGUAAGCUGAGCGAGUGUUGGAGAUUUGGCCAUGGGGAAGAAGAGUGACGGUACAUGUAGUUUGAUAUUUUUUUUAAAGGAAUAUGAAAGCUUUCCCAUUUUUACCAUUG